AUGAACUACUGCAUGCAAGAGAUAUAUGAUGCACACCAGGCAGCCUUGUCCAACUGCUGCCUGCAGCCCCCUGAAUAUUGUACAUAUAUCGAAGAUAGUCAGAGCUACAAUAAUUCUGAAUCUCAAGUCCUGCAUAACAAUAAUAUGUACAUGGAGCAGGCCUGGGCGGUGAAUCAGCCUUAUACCUGUAGUUACCCUGGAAACAUGUUUAAAAGCGAGUACUCUGAUUUAGACAUGGCCCUGAAUCAGUACAGCCAAAACGACUAUUUCCCUGAAGACAAAACUACUUUUCCACAAGGGCAAUCUCCGAUGUACUCUCAGAAAAAAGGUAGGGAAGGUUUUAUUCACAUAUUUUUUUUUUUUGUCUUGCUGUGGUAAUUAAUAGAAAUUCCUUUGUUACAUGUUGCUUCGCCCAUCGGUGCUUUUUUUCUCCUUCCCAAAUUUGCAGGUCCCCAUCAACACACAAACUGCAUUUUGAAGCCUGUUUGUAAUGAAACAAACACAGUGAUAAAAGGCUGCUAGGAGAAUCGGUCAUUUUUACUUUCCUAUUCUGCUUUUACAUGCAAUUUUAUACUUUCCAUAUUUUGUUUCACAUUUGAGAUUUUUGUUUUUAUUAGACAGUUAAAUGAUAACAUUAGCUCUAUAGUACGCAUAUUUUCAUACUGUCAGUGCAUUCGUGAAAUGAUGUAUUCUAUGUGUACAGACAAGUGAUUUUGUUUGUGGGUGUUUGUGUUAAUGUAUGGACAUAUGGAAGUUAGAUAUGUGUAUAUGUAUGUGUGGGUGUUUGUGUGUAUAUAUAGUGUGUGCCUAAUGCAGUAGUGUAUAUAUGCAUACUGUAUAUGAUGCGGGAUUAUAGAAGUUUUGUUUUACUUGUUUUAAUGUUUAUAAUACUGCGAUAUCACAUUCUAGAUGCUUACUUUUGUUUCUCAACUAAAAGAUUAUACAUCUCCAUGCCAUGUAGAACGACACAUUUCAUUGCUUAGUCUAGAAUCCAAAUAUUUCAUCUAUGAGGUUUAUUCUCUAAACAUCGUAUUGCAGUGAAUAUAAAAUUAAAUUGCAAAACGAAGGAUCAAAAAGUCACAUUGUGGCUAUAGUUAAGUUGUAUAAUUUUUCCAAAUCAGCUAUUUUUACCUAAAGUUAGCAAUUUGGUUUUCAAUUCACCAGAAUUCCCUGUUUAGUGAAUAAACUCCAAAUUUGUAAAAAAAAAAAAAAAAGGAGUUAAACAUAAAAACAUAUGAAUAUUUUUUGUUUUAUAUACAUAUAUAUUUUCAUCUGGGCUUUAUGUAUUGUUGAUCACUGGUAGCAAAUUGUUAACAGGUGCAUCCUACCAAUCGACAUGUUAUCUGUAAUUAUAUAUUAUUGUAAAAUAAGUCUCUUGAUACAUAUCUUGGAGAGAUAAUGCAUAUUUUAGACAAACAUUUGUCCUUAGAGAACUUCAAGACUCCUUUCUUGUACAGAGUUAGUCAUAGUGACUUAUGAAUUGAGCUAAUUACACAGUUUGCAUGGGGAAGGCAGAAAAACACUACUUUUACAUUUUACUGACGGAUGGGACGAGCAGUGUGAAGUCUGUACAGAAUAUUUUGCACUGGGAAGAUUAUCCAAGGAACACAAUGCUGCUAUUUUUCACCUAUGGUGUUUGUAAUUCAUGUUCUCAGAAGAUGUAAAUUUGUAACACAUUUUAUUUUUAUUUAUUUGAACACUCCGAGAUAAUUCCAGUGUGAAAUUGUCAGAAACCAAUGUACAGUUUUAUUUACUAGGGUUACACUAAUUUUGGUAGUAUUUUGUGUUCAAUAUUUUAUGUUGUUCUAUUAGAAAAGAAAAUAUUUUUUUCUACUACAUUUAAUUUGUUUCAUUACUUCUUAGCAUUAUUUUUCCAAUUCAGCAUGACCAAUUCAUAUCGCUUGACACAUUGUAAUCAUUAUUGAUUGUGUGGGAUAAGAGCAAUAUUUCCUUGCCAUUAUGAACGAUGUAUUUUUUUUCUUUUCGUUUUUUACUGUUAACGUGGCCAACUAUAAAAUUUAAAUUAUAUCCUAUUUUAGAAAUUUAAUUUUAAGAAUAUAGCAUGUAUUUUUUUUACUAUUUAGUACUGGUGCAUUUUCUAGGAAGAAAGAAAAAACCCAAUAAUCCAGGGCUUGGGACAGAAGGUGUCUCAAAGGGCUUCUCCUUAUUGAUCAACAUUGAUUUGGUCUUAAUGAAGACUCAAUAGCAGUCAUUAAAACACAAUUAAGAAUAAGAACAGGUGUCUUUAUUUCCAGUCAUUGGAAUUAUAGCACUCCAGUGCCCUAUAGCACUAUACAAAGAAUAACAACUCUGUCAUGUGCUGCAAGAAGCCUUUAUAUUCUCGAUUCCCAGCUAUGCUGUUUAAAUGUAUCAGUGCCAGUUUUUUUUAAACUGUCUUACUUUUACAGGAUGUUUUUUUUAAUAAAGACUUCCAUCUGGUCACAUUUGUCUACGAGCCCUCGUCAAUAAAUUGUUAGGAAGCUGUUAUCACUGAUUGCUACAAAUCCACAAAUGUAUGUGUGCGUGUGUACACACACAUAUAUAUAUAUAUAUAUAUAUAUAUAUAUAUAUUUAUUUUUUUAAAUUAUAUAUAUUAUUUGUUUUACAUUAUCUGUCCAUUUUGUUCAUGAAUCCAUUAAUAUAGCUGCUUUCUCAUUACUAAUAUGUUGGUAGAAUUCUUGGGAAGCCAUGCAUAGUACAAUAGUGCAAUUCUCUUUGCUCAUUUCGUCUUCUGGAUUAUAAAUGUAGAGGGGAUAAAUUAAUAACAGCAGCCACAUAUAGCUGCUCGGGAGUGUAACGCCAUCCAAUCUCAAUAACGUCAGGACCUAUGUUACCCCAUCUACCCUAACCCUACUUAAUAGAAACAAAAAAACAUAAAACAACGUAAUGUAUAUUCAACUUUAAUAUAAUGGAAAGGUAAAAUAAUGUAAUGUUAGGCUCACACCCUACAUUAAAACCUGCAACGCACUGUAUUAGUGACACAUUGCAGCGCUGAGCCCCUAAUCGUAAGGUAACAUUGGAAGAUAUGUGUCCUAAUUUGCCCAAGGUUAGUGGGAGUUACACUACCAGGCAACAGCUGCUAUUUGUGAUUACUGCCAUCAAUCUAGACUUUUCCCCAAACUGUAAAUUGUACUCUGAGGCAUUCAAAGCUCUUUUACAUCAUACGGUUUAGCAAAGAAACAUGUUUACCAACAUAAGAGUGCUCCUAGCUGAUUAAAUUCAUAUUUCAACUACUUAUCAUUUGGUAAAGAAAAUUAAGUUAUUGUUUUUAGCAAAUGUAAAAAAAAAAAUAGAGAUUCUUUGUAACAAUAAAGAAUUUUUGAAUAGGUACACUACAUAUACCCGUCUCUGAAUUGUGCAAGACCAUUGUGCAAAAUCGGAAUAAAAUACAAGAAGCAAAUCCAUGCACAUGCAAGUUUAAUAAAAGACUAAAAAACCACGGCUACAGACCAUAUAUGUGAAAUGGAUCAUAUAUAUCAAUACAAAAGUCAGAAAAUAAACUAAGUCCAUACACCUGUAAGAAGGAGAGGGGGGGUGGAGUUCAGUAAAAAUAAAAAUAUCUAGACUGAAGUGUCCCUCUAGAUUUUUCUCCCUCUCCUUCUUACAGUUGUAUGGGCUUAGUUUUGUAUUUUUUUAUUUUUUCUUAUUUGUCAUAUAUGGUCUGUAGCCAUGGUUUUGUAAUAUUUUAUAAAACUUGUACGUGCGGGCAUUUGCUUCGCGGAUUUUAUUCGGAUCUACGUGGAAUGCGGUUUUAUCAUCAUACUAUCUGUAAUUAAUUUAAUUUUCAAUAUGCAUUGGAUGUAAGUGACUUUAUUUCUAUUUACAUUUAUUCUAUAAUUUUGGAGUUGCAGGACAAAUGUAAACACAGCUCUACAUAUUAUCCUGUCUUUUAGAGCUGUCAUUGGGUAACAGCAUUAGUAGGUGGAGUUCUUUAAACUGUUUGUUGUUUCCCACAUAUGUCUACGUAUAGGUUUAUGGUUUUGAAUAAGGCAUGGCAUUUCACUGGAUCAAGGGUUGAGUACAUAGCGCUAUAGGGAUAGAUCACAACAAGUCAGGGGAGCAGAGCCCAGCCAUCUUUAAACUUCACAAGCGGUCACUCUCCCCACCUCUGAAGGCUGGAAAAAGCCUUUAUAAAGGUUUUCUCACACUUUGAAAGCUCAAUCAGGCAGGCGAGUCUCACCUCUCUUGAAACUUGCGUGAGAAUAUUCCACAAGUCGAGAGAGAGGUGAGAAAUUAGAUAUCCCCCAUGUUUAUUAAAUAAUGGCCCACCACUGACUACCUAUGGGUGAGUGCAGGGAGGCACAGUUUAGUAAGGCCUUUCUUAACAACUGAGAAGCACUAGCUACCCAGUUGCUAGUUUAUAAUUACAGUGCGCAGUCGAUGACUACUCAUUUUUUAGUAGACCUCCCACCACCUGCCGCAAAGGUUGAUAGAUAUGCUUUCGAUGCAGAUUUAUCUGGCUUUUCAUUUUGGUCAGCCAACCUAUUUAUCAGGUUUGGCUGUUUGAAUAUUGGCUGGCAUUAAAUUCAGCCAAACUUUGAUAAAAAAUAUUGGCCAAAACAGUUAAUAAUUAUCUACUGUUUUUGGCAGAUAUAAUUAAUUUGAUUCCCAAGUUUGAAAUCUAUUUACUUAGAUAUCUUCCAUUUAUAAAAAUGUCUACAUCUUGGUAAUUCUACUAUUUAGUUGAUCAACAAAUACCCAAAGGAACAUUUUAUUUUCGGUAAUUGAAGGAGUAAGAUGAUACAUUCAUUUACUGCGCUUCAGUGUAAGCUAAACUGCUCCAAAUUUUAAAAAGCAGCUAAAAUGGUCAAGUUUUCAUUAAAGCUGAAUUAGAUAAAGUUUACAAACUAGCACUUUUUUGCCUAACCCUGAAGUCCACUAUGAUUCAUUGUUUAAUGUAAAUUUAAUAUAUAACAUCUUAAAUAUUUUGCUGAACACAUGGAAAUUCAUUGCUCAAAUCAGUGGCUGUAAACGACAAAUUCUUGCAAACUAAAAUUAAUGCAAAUAAGUAUGACUGUUCCACAGAGGGAAACGUUCUUUCCUACAAAAACAUGUAUCCUUUGAGAACUAAGUCUGGUCAUCAUUUUAUUUGGAUAAAUUGAAAUUCAUUUUGAAUUUCCUGCUGUUCUCAUGUUAGUAAAUGGCCCUGUGUAUUUGUAUCAAGUUAGAAUGUGUUAUCGACUGGAGUCAGUAACUCUCUCAUAUAAUAAUCAUUAGCAUAUACACCCUUAAUUAUAAUUUUCCCGUUUCACCUGUUUAGAAGAACUAUUUGGACUUUGUUCUCAGAAUAAGAUAAGAAACAAAAAUACUUGCUAUCUCUUGCUUCCACCCUGUUUAAUUUAAGUGUUUCGUUUUAAAAUUACAAUGUGUUGUUUUAUUACAUGUGCAUUGAUAAACUAUUCUUUUUCCUUGCAGGGUACAUACCCAGCUACUUGGACAAAGAUGAGCUGUGUGUGGUUUGUGGAGACAAGGCUACAGGGUAUCACUAUAGAUGUAUCACCUGUGAGGGCUGCAAGGUAAACUUUGGAUUGUGUUGUCAUGGUAUUACUAGCCCUGUCUGGCAUAAAUUGAGUAUCUCUCUUUUAAAUCAAUGUCAUUUAUUCAAUCCUUGAAGAACUGUACCCCCCACGUGUGCUAAUCUAGCUAGACUUGACACAAGAGUUGACCCAUGAUAUUUGCCUGUGUAGAUCUAAGAGCCAAAUUAUUCCAGAACCAACUAACUCCACUUCCUGUAGUCAGACCCACACAUCUAAUUUUCCACACACGUGCUCUUAUAAAUAGCUAGCCACUUACACACGCUGAUUAGCCAACCACGCUUGCACACACAAUUAGUCACUGACAAUGCAUUCACAACUAGCCACACACUAAUUAUCAACACACUGACUCACAUACAUAAAAAACACACUCACUAGACAAAUUAUACCCAGGCCUAGAGUAGCAGAUGUAACAGAACAAAGAGUAGUUUGUUUCAAGUGCAGAUUCCAAGGAAGAGCAACAGGGCAAAUCUUUCUCCCUAGAACCGGGGGCAUAGUCUGGCCAGUGCAUGGGCUGACUUCAGGGUUACCUCCUCACUCCGAUCCCAAAUAUCUGCAGCCAUAUCAUAUUAUUAAAUCUUUGCAUCAUGGUUAUCUAUAUAAAUAUAUGUGUAAGGGUGUAGAUGCCUGCUUUUGGGUAUAUGCACGAACCUGUGUAUAUGUGGGUUUAUCUAUUACUUAGUAUGUGAAAUUUUGUGGUAUUUUAAAAUGUUCAACAACAUCCAGCAAAAGCCCCUCAUCUGCCUCCUUUUUGUUUUAUUUAAAAAAAAAACAGUAACAAAAACCUCUAGCAGUGUCCCACCUUCCUAAUAAAGUGUCCUGUUUCCUCGUUCCACCUCCACCUUGUGACCCUGUUCUCAGUAUAAGUAGUGCAGCCAUGACAUAACUUAAUGCACAACUGGCCAGGCAAGUAGAGUGUCUUUACUGGGUGGACUCCUGUAGCCCAGCUUCCCGUUAUAUGAAGGGUUAAAUAUAUGUCUAUUUAUAGAAUACUGCUCUGAAAUAUAUGUAUGUAUUAAUGGGCACACAUUAACAAAUACCAGCACAUUCACUAGUACAAGUCUGGAACAUUGAUUUUAUAUGUUUUGGAGGCGUCUAGUGGGAUGUAGAGGGGGCUGUUUUUGGUGUGUAAAUAGGUCAUAUUUUGUAUGUGUUUGUGGUGGAGCAUGUGUGUGUCUAGGGGGUGUAAUUAAUAUUUAGGGGCAGUAAAGAGAGAGUGUGUAUGUCUAGGGGCUGUAGUGUGUGUCUAGGGGCUAUAGUGUGUGUUUAGGGGCUGUAGCGUGUAUAUAGAUGUAGGAGAGAGUGUGGGUGUUUAGGUAAUGUGGUAUGCAGGGCCGUCUUUAAUGUUGAUUUGACCCUGGGCAAGCAUUAUCUUGGGCCGCCUGGUACCCUCCCACAUUCUAGCAUGCAAACACGCCUUCCACCCAAAGACACACAUAAAGAAAACACAAAAAAACACACACAAAUAAAUUGUGGACUUAGCCACACUUAUUUUUACCCCAGAGAAAAUACACACACUGACACACAUACAGAUGCAAACACUGACACAAAUGCAGAUACACACAUACAUAGGCCCAGAAAUACAUACAUCCAAAUACACAGACAUACAAAGACAGAUACACAGACACACAGGUGCAUACACAGAUACACACUGGCACACAUACAGAUACACAUAUACACUCACUGACAAACAUGCAGACAUACACUAACACACACAGAUAAACAGACACACCCUGACAUAUAUGCAGAUACACACAAUAACACACAUACAGAUACAUACAUGGACACACAUGCAGUUACACAGACACACACUAACACAUACAGAUGCACAGACACACAUACAGAUACAGACACAGACAGAUACACAGGGCACACACUGACACACAUGCAUAUACACAGACACACAUACCAAGAGACACAUACAGACACAGAGAUACACAUACAGACACUCUGACACACAUACAGGUACACAGACACACUUAAUGACAAACAUUCAGAUACACAUGAUGACACUCAUAUAGAUGCAAACAUUGACACAAACAGAUACAGAGGGGCACACACUGACACACAUACAGACACACGUACAGACAGAUGUGCAUACAGACUGAGAUACAUACAGACACACAGAUACACAUAUAGACAGAUACACGCACAGAUGUACAUACACAUACAGACACAUACACAGACAGAAACACACACAAAUAUGCAUACAGAGACACAGAUACACAUAUAGACAGAUAAACACACAGAUACAGACACACAUGCAUAUACACAUACAGACACACAGAUACACAUAUAGACAGAUACACAAACAGAUACAGACACAUGCAUAUACACAAACAGACAGAUAUGCUCACGGAAUACACACAGAUACACAUACAGACAGAUAUACUCACAGAUACACAGACACACAUUCAUAUACACAUACAGACACACACACAAAUACAGACAGAUACACACACAAAUACAGACAGAUACACACAAAUACAGACAGAUACACACACACAGAUAAACAGACCCAUGCAUAUUCACAUACAGACAGAUAUACACACAGAAACACACAUACAGACACACAGAUACACAUACAGUCAGAUACCCACAAAGACUGAUAAACAUGCAGACAGUUAUAUACACACAAACAGACACACAUGGAAAAUAUACAAUUUCAGUCACCCUUCUGUUUCCUACCUGGGGUCCAGUGGCUGUCUGAGUCUGUUGGGAGUUGGGCUGUUUCCAGUCCCCGCUCCUCCUCUCUUCGUCUCUCCCACACGGCACUUUCCGUGUUAGCUAGGAAGAAGUGACUGCACUCAUCACAGGGGGCCUGGUCGCGCUUUUAAAGAGCCGCAGCACUGAUCGGCCCCCUGCAGACUCAUUGCCAUCAGGUGGCCCUAAGAGCAUGGGCCACCCGAUGGGACCCCUCAUCGUGCGGCACGCAGUGGUAGUACCACGCAGCCAGCACACACCACGGCGGAUGGCUGGUUCAAAGGGCAGCUGCUUUGGAGCCCCUAGGAAUGACUGGCCCUGGGGCAGCUUCCCCUUUUACUCUGCAUUAAAGACGGCCCUGGUGGUAUAGAAGUAGUGGAUACAGUGUGCAUAUAGGAGGGAAUAUCGCACAUGUUUGUGUAUUCGAGAUUAAGUGUGUGUAAGGGAUGUAGUGGAUGUAUUGUGUGUGUGUAUUUGUGUGGUGGGAAAGGUGCUGUAUUGUAAUAUUUUUACAUUUUCUUUUCCAAAAUAUUUAUUUAUUAAAAAUGAUUAUUUCUGAAAAAAAAUUGCUUUAUUCCCCUAUCCAUGCUUCCUACUAGAUCUCUGGUGUUCUGGUGGUGAUACACUUUUACUCCAGUCUGCACCUCCACCAGGUGCAGGCCUAAUAGGCUUUUCUCACAAGCUCUGGCUCGUAUCGGAGCGUUGCCAUGGUAAUCCUUUGCAAGGAUCUGAGGAAUACUCUUUCUGCAGAGGUACAGACUAGACUCUAGCGUCUCUGUGACCCUGUUUUCCACAGUAAAUUGCACUGGGCUGGUAAGGGAGAUUUCUGAUAUUCUCACCAGCAAGGCCAGUACUCAGUUAGCGUUGUCCCUCCAUGGUCUAGCUGGAGAGAACCUUUAAACCUUCAACCUUGGCCCUUGGUUACCAGUCUGAGCCUGGCUGUACCACUAGUUAUGCCAUCAGGAUCCUUAUAAAUGCCUAUAAUUUAACCAUUUUUAUUUAUCCAUUUGUCACCUCAAAUGUAUUGUUGCUUUUAUACUAACAUUUAAGACUCUUUAUGAAAAAUUGCAAGAUUAUUUUCAUCUUCCCAUUAUCUCUAUAAAUGAGGAACACAUAAAUUAACAAUAAAAAUAUAUUAUAAUUUGUAUUUUUAUAUUUUUUUUGGACAGCAAUAUAUGCACGAAAUUGACGUUUUAUCAUAUAUUAAUGUGCAUCUCAUUUUUCAAAUAAAUGUUUUGCUAAUAUUCUUCAAAACAAAAUGUGCUUGUUUGUAAAGGAGUUAAGAAUCAAUUUGCUGAUGUCUUAUUACAUUUUUAGAGUGUUUAUGGGCACUGCAGAGAGACUUGAUUGAAGAUUAGUUAUUUCAAUUGCCUGCAUUCUUCCCAAGAUACCGAUUUCAGGUUAGAGUAACCCAAAUCAAUGUUAGUAUAUCUCUGGCAUUUAUUAAAAUCAUAAUAAACAUCGUACAUACCUGACCAAAUGUUGAUUUGUAAGUUAGUAGAUUCUGAGAUACAGAAUUUGGCCGAACAGCCUAAAUAUGUCCGGAUUGCAAUUAUCUGUGUGUGUAUGAUACAUAUUACAUGUAUAGUAGAUCAUAUGCUGCAACCUUCUAACGCAGGCCCCAUCAAAGACACAUGGUAUACUGUGAUCUGGUUUUAAUAUACUGCUAAAUGUGGUUAAAAUAUUGCCAAACUCAACACUGUGUCCAUAUACCCUGAAGAUAAAUUUCUUCUGUUAUAUAUUUAUCAAAAGAUUCUGAAUUUCACUCUUUAUUCCUUCCAGCUCACAAUGAGUGAAUCAGUGCAUACUAGCAGACACAAGGUCAUAAAACUUUAUUAAUAAUCACUUUCAAUUUUAAUUGGUGUCAACAACUGUUUAAGAAAUACUGAGGCCUAGUUUUCAUCCAACCUGGUCCCUGUGUUUAAUUUUUGAUAUUAAUACAAUAGAUGAGCAGCUCCAGAGCCAUCUAGUGGCUAGUAAUGGUAUAAAAUAUCACUUUUGCUUUUUAACUUCAAGGCCUGGGCUGCAAUGUAACUUUUCAUGGAUAUCUCCGUACCUUUCUUAAUUUUUAGAUAAGUGCAUAGUUAUAUGUAAACUAAUUUUUGUAUUUGCAAAGCUGUGUGUGCUGCUUUACAUUGUAACAUGAGCAGAGAUACAGACUAUGUCCUAAAAAAAUUCAGUAUAUACACAAGUUAUAGGAACUUUGGACAGUGAAAGGAGGGAGUAAAACUUUUAGAAUCACUGUACUUAUAAGAAACUGUGAGCAGGAACCCAGAAAUAGAUUAAAUACAUGCACACUUCUCAACAUUUCAAAUGGACAAAAACGUACACCUUCAUUUUAGGAGUGCGAGUGGGUAUCUGGUAAGGAAAACGGCUGCUCUGAAAAAUAUUUCAGGUGACUUACUAAAACAUUUAUGUAACUAAUCUAGAAGAACAAUAUAUCUUAUUUAUACUGACUGAUUUUUAAACACAUUUAUGUAGUUUACAGACACAUAACUGUGAACAUUAUCGCUGUGGAGCUCUGUUAUACACUCAGACACACCAACAGUAUGGAACUCCUAGAAUAGAGGGACAUUAGAAUAGAAAAUAGGGACUGUCCCGCCUUAAUAGGGACACUUGGGAGGUAUGGACAUGCACCAUAAUAUAUGCAGUUACCAUUGUUAUGAUGCUUAUUAUCUAAGGGGGUACAGUCAUUUCCUAAGGUUUUAAUAUUAUGACUACUUCUUUAUUUAACAAAUAUGUAUUUGUGAGUUAUGAACUUAAAGCGGCACUGUCAUGCCGAACUUACCUUUCCUCAAUCUCUUCCUCUUCUCCCCCUCUGUCAGGAUCUGUUCUUCUUUUCUUCCUGUCUUCUUUAGUUUUCUUUAAAAUCAUAAGACAAAGUAGGGACUCUUUGCCUUAUGGAGGUUUCCUCCGCUUGACCAGCUUUGACCAGCGGAGGAGCAAAGUGUGCUUCAUUUUCUGUGGCUGCUCACUGUAAAAAAAAAUUAAAAACCUAUUGGCCCCCACCCCUGUGCGACGGGUGGGGGCCAUAAAGAUAAUGAGGGGGGAGGACCUACUGUCCUUCCCCCGGCCCCCACCCCUGCGCCUUGGGUGGGAGCCAUAAAUUACAAUUGGGGGGGGACCUACUGUCCUCCCCCCCUGGCCCCCACCCUUGAGCGGUGGGCCAUAAAGAUAAUGAGGGGGGGACCUACUGUCCUCCCCCCCGGCCCCCACAAAUUCCCCUAAGACAAAUUCCGCCGCCCCCCCAUCAAAGGUGACUAGGGGUCCCUAAGACCCUAGUAACCCACUCCCCCACCCAAAAAAAAAGUAAUCUCCUACCGACCCCCCUCACCCUAAAAAAUAGUGAGGGGGGAAUAAAAUAACUAACCUGUAAAGAAAAAUUAAACUUACCAUUUGACAUCUUCUUUUUUCUAAAAUCUUCAUUCUUCAGCCCCAAAAAAGGCCAAAUAAAAAACCAUCAUACCCGUCGAACUUAAAAUAAAAUAAAAACCCAAUCGCAAAAAAAAAAAACAGACGAAAAAGAAAAAACCGAGCGCAAAAAAAAUAAUCCAUCUUCACCCAUGGAGGGCUCCGCGCAGACUAUUCAUUCAUUCAUCUUUCUGACGAACGAAUGGAUGAAAUUCCCAUUCGCACGCCCAGGUGUUUCACUGGACAUGUGCGGGAAUCUCACAGUCUGUCUAGUUUGGGCAGAUGACGUGUCCCACAGGGACUUCAUCUACCCACACAAAGAUGGCGGCGCCCUGAAUAUAGAUCCGGCAGAAAAUAAAGAAUAAAAAAUAGGUAAUCUGGGGGGCUUAGGGGCAUUUGGGGGUGACUAGGGAGUCGGUUAGAUGUAGUGGAGUCGGGAGGAGGGGUUAAAAAAAAACGGGAUUUGGCCAUGACAGUGCCGCUUUAAAUGUAGAAAUCCACAACUCAUUAUAUAUUGCCACUAAGUGCCUCCAUCUUGUAAAUCAUUGUUAUAAGCUUUGUCCUUUGCACAUGACACUCAGCAUAGAGAAAAGCGUACAGAGAAGGGGAGAAAUGAAACAAAGAUUAUGUUUCUUCUCAUCAUUUGCAGUGUUUGCUUUGGCUGUUCCUGAGCUUGAUUGUUAUAUGAUUUGCUAAGUCUGUAAUAAUAAUUGCAAUAAAAACAGAGCUUUGCAUGAAUAAAGCUGGAAGGGACACUCUAGGCUCUGUAGCUACUUCAUCUCAAUGAAGUGGUUACAUUCAGGGCCGCCAUCGGGGGGUGACAGCCAGUACUGUAAGGGCCCGGUCAAGUACUGGGGUUUGCAUGGAGUGGACCACAUUAUAGUACUCCUGCAUACAGGGCCCCUUAAUGGACUGUCUGUCUCCCCCCUCUUCUGUACUGUGUAUAUUUAACAAAGCUGACGGAUAUUUGGUGUUAUAUUUAGCCUUAUAGACCCAAUGCCUCCAGACUCCCUGGGCAGCUAGUCACAGGUUCCUAAAGGUGAAAACCAUUGAUAUAUAUUAUUUUGUAUAUAUUCUUUUGUAUGUGUCCAUAUGACACUAUGAAAAAUUUGAAAGGGUUACCUAUGCAACUAUAUUUUGUAUGAUGAUCAACUUAAUUUAAAGCUGGCUAAUCAUCAUUGAAUAUUUUCCCAAAACAAACAGAAGGCAGCAAUCACUGUAUCACAAUAUCAGUUUGACAGGCAUUAGAUGUUCAGAGACCGUACUCUUCAAACUGGCGUCAGUGGUCCUUUAAAGUUCUCUGAAACUGCUAUUUUUACAGCAGGCAAGUUUAACCCUAGAUGGACCUGGCACCCAGACCACUUCAUUAAGCUGAAGUGGUCUGGGUGUCGACAGUGGUCAUUUAAUCACACACAAGACCCUUCUGAAAGAUCUUACAGGCUAUUCACAGUGGAUAAGAAAUUCUAAAUAGACUGUGCAAUAAAGGAAGUUUAAAUGUUAGAUCUCACUUUACAGGAACUGUUUUGGAACACUGUGUAAAUCAAAAGAGUGUUACUAGGACUGCAUAAAAAGUGGUAGAGAAUUGAGCAAUGAGACUACAUGGGAAUGAUAUAUACACCAAAAUUAAAUAGAAAUUGGCUUGGUGACUAUAGUGUUCCUUUAAGAGGGCAAGAAUCAUUGUACACAGUUUAUCUUCGGAGUAGUAACAAUCAUUAUUGAAUCCUCUAGGGCUUUUUUAGAAGAACUAUCCAGAAGAACCUCCAUCCAAGCUACUCGUGUAAAUAUGAAGGAAAAUGUGUGAUAGACAAAGUUACAAGGAACCAGUGCCAAGAAUGUCGCUUCAAAAAGUGCAUCACCGUCGGCAUGGCAACAGACUGUAAGCAACUCAUCAGAUGUAAACAUAGUUCAGAUUGUCUCUUGUGUAAGCCACAAAAUCUAGCAAAAAAUCUUGCCAGCUAAAGAACUGCUUGUAUAGGUUUUGGAAUUGUCAUUACUUUUGUUUGAGUUUUAUUUUCAUUUCCAUUACUCAAAACAGUACAAAGAAUUUUGGAGGCUUUAAUAGUUCUUUCAUUACAAUUUUGGUUUCGAACUCUUUGGCCAAUAAAGCUGUCAGUGGCUCCAUGCUUAAAGCAAAAUUGUAAGGAUAAGGUGCAGAAUUUAUGAAGUAGACAACAAGUAAAACUGUUAUUCCCGUAGCACUUUUACAACUAAGCUUCCAAGCUGGGUGAGGAUAUGACAAUAUCUAUUUUAAAGUAACAUGCAAUGCUCUAAGGUCUGAUACUUUAAAGUGGUAGAGUACAAAUAUUUAUAUAUUAUAUUGGCUUGAAGGAGGUGUGGCUAUAUUUGUCCUCAGUUUGAAGCCAAAUCGGCAAAACUCUGUUCCCUUUCAUAAAGGGUAAUCCAAGUGUCAUUGAUAAGAUGUGGACAUGGUCCACAUAGUUUUACUCAUCUUCUGCUUGACCUUUAACUCCACUUCCAGUAGCACCAUUGGGGAAUCAUUAGCCAGCUUAGAACAAGAGUUCCAGGUGGCUAAUAUGAAUUCUGUAAGUAUUUUGACAUCUAACGACAGACAGCCAAUGGCAGCACAGCUCCCCACUUUAUCCUCCUCUCAGACUGCCCUCCCUGACAUCUCUAAUUCUCCAUCGAGGAGGAGUGAAGUAAGCAGAGGAUGCUUAAGGAGAAUCUUUUAUAUACCAUCAGCCCCCCUUGCCAGCUGUCCCCUGUGUGGGCUACAUGCUAACUGGUUAGAGCUUAUCUAGUGCAAUGCAGGCAAAUACAGGGUAGAACCAGGAUGUUUAUAGCUAGUAGGGCAGAUUGUGUCUGUGGUUUGUUAGAGUCUAUAGAGCCUAUUAAAUUAUGGGACAUUUUUAUGAAGAAUGUAUGCCAAAAAAGUAAAAACAGCAACAACACAAUAUCCUACCACAUUUUAUUGACAUGCUACUUUUUAUUGUCAAGGUAAGUUUUAUACACUUGGUGAUAUAUUAAUAUGUGUUUAUUCUGUGUGAAGUUACGGGGUUUAUUUUUUUGCCAGUGGUCUUGGAUGACAGUAAACGUUUAGCAAAAAGAAAGCUUAUAGAAGAAAACCGAGAAAAAAGACGCAAAGAUGAGUUACAGAAAUCACUGGUACAGAGACCUGAACCAACUCAAGAGGAGUGGGAGCUGAUACAGGUGGUGACCGAAGCACAUGUGGCCACCAACGCACAGGGAAGUCACUGGAAACAGAAACGAAAAUUUCUGGUAAGAGUCAAAGAACACAAUGUAAUCACAUUACACUUCUAGCUAAUGGUAUUUUUACUUUGAUUGCUACUAUUAAGCCUGUUAUCGCUAUGUACACAGCUUUCAGUUUGAUUUAAUGCUACUAUUGAGUUAAAGGGACACUCCAGACCCAUAAAGUACUUUAGCUUGCUGAAAAGCUAUAUGUGCGAAGAGUGUGUCCUCUUUUUUUCAUUUUGGAAAUAGUGCAGAUUUCAAUAGAAAUUGCCACUCUUAUAUACAUGAUACUGGUUACACCCCCUGGCUUUUCAAGCAGACAACAGGUCUUGUUGCUUCCUGGUUUGGUUGGCUUAUUUGCACUGAACUCAAGAGGCAGCAAUUGCUCGGUGCACCUGUCUUACAAAGACUUUUCAUUGAGCUGAAUUGGGAAAUCUGUAAUUGAACAGUCACAUAAAGUCUGGGUGGGGUUAGAAGAGGAGGGCUUUCAAAGGCAGUAGACAAGAGAUCUGCAGUUUUUGCAAGGUAUAUUAGUAUAGUAUCAUAUAAUGUAAAAUAGAUUAGCAAACAUAGAGAAUACAAUACAGCAGGAAAAGGUAACUUUUGGCACUCUAGAUGUUGUAGCCACAAUGUCACAUUGCAUGCCCUGUUGUCCCUCUAUACUUCGACCCUAUCCCAUUUGACCUCCAGCAAUCCUUGUUGUAUCGUUGUAUAACUAUAAUUUAUUUUCCUCUCCCUUGGUGUUCCCAUAUAUCACCGCUGUGAGUACUAGCAUAGGAUUGUUGUUGGGCAUUCAUCGAUUCCUACCGUAAGCAUUUGCAGAUUCUUUUAGAAAUUCACGAUGAGAUCAUUCCAGCAUGGAAAAAGACAGUUGAGAAAACGAUUUAGUACCAUUUCAAAAGUAGAUCAUAUUCUAUUAGAAUUAUAGGAUUUCUUAUUUGAAAUAUGUACUAUUUUUUUAAAGUGUAGUAACUCUUGAAACCUGAUAUCCACUUAAUAUACUGAGUUUGUGUGCUCUUUGUUCUAUUCUUUUGAUUUCUGCCAGCCAGAAGAUAUUGGACAGGCCCCUAUAGUCAAUGCACCUGAAGGUGGAAAAGUCGACCUGGAAGCCUUCAGCCAGUUUACAAAAAUUAUCACCCCAGCAAUUACAAGAGUGGUUGAUUUUGCCAAAAAGUUACCAAUGUUUUGUGAGGUAAGCUUUUUUAACCGCACUCAUAUUGAUUUAUUUAAAACAGUAUCUCCAAACUUGUUCUCAUGGCCCACCAACAGGUCACGAUUUGCAGAUCUUACUACCAGUGUGCAGGUGUCCCAGUGAAACUUACAUAGAAUUUACAUAGCCUCUGAUGGACUGACCUGUGGUAAAGCAGGUGUUGUCUAGCCUGUUGGUGCGUCAUAAAGGCAAGCUUGAAGAAUAAAGGAGAUUAUUCAUUAAAUGAAAACUCCUUGCACCAUAACCACUAAAUCCUGCCAUAAUAGUUAUGGUGCAAGGGGUGCCCAGGUACCCUCUCAUAGCAAGUACUCAAACUGUUUAAAAACUGUUUGACAACUCACCUGGGGUCUGGCAGCCACGUGUCUCCUUUGUUCUUUAAUAAUAUUUGAGAGGAUAAUUUUUUUUUUUUUAAAUGAGCAAUUAACCUAUUUUGUGCUCAAAUCGCUCUGUUCCUCAUUCCUAAUGUUUGUAAGGUCUCAAUUUUCUAGGUUUCUAGCAAUUAUCUAUAGUUUAUGUAUUACAGAGUUCCAAAUGUGUGUGGAAAUCAGUCUAUGUAUAUAAUAUAUAUUUCAGUUGCCUACAUUGUUAUCAGUAAGGAACCUACCAUUCCUCUGAACAGCUUAAUCCCUACACACACCCCUAAAGUUAGUGUCCCUCUUUGUCCAUUGUAAAUGUUAAAAAGUAUAAAAUUGCCUAAACCCCUAUGUCAAUCUUUUAUCCUCGCUGAACAAAUACAACUCAAAAUAUUUGAUUGCAAAAAUAAUUCUCAAAAUGUGGAGAUUUUUUUAUUUAAACCGAUCAGAAACAAGCUAAUGGGAGGGAGCUACCAAUUAAAUAUGAAUCCAAACUUCAGAUGUUCAGUCUUUAUGAACAGACUCAUCACUCCUACUUGAUAUUUCAUGUCCUAAUGUUUGUAUACCCUACCUCCUAUAGUCUGUAAGCUUGUUUGAGCAGGGUCCUCUUCAACCUAUUGUUCCUGUAAGUUUUCUUGUAAUUGUCCUAUUUAUUGUUACAUCCCCCCUCUCAACAUAUUGUAAAGCGCUACGGAAUCUGUUGGCGCUAUAUAAAUGGCAAUAAUAAUAAUAAUAAUAAUAAUAAUAAUAGAAAUAAUAAUAAUAGAAAUAAUAAUAAUAGAAAUAAUAAAAAUAGAAUGAGAGAACUAGAUAGAAAUGCUCAGGUAAUCUUGAACAUGUGUUUCUCUAAAAUAAUUUUUUUAUGAAAACUUGGAAAAAUUCUACUUUUAACUCAAUUCCUAUUACACUAUUACACAAAGUAUUUGAUAGUGUUUUUCUAAAGUAAAUUCUGGUCAGUGUGCUCCUGUACUAACCAACUUUAUAUGUUUUUCAAAAGUGACUUUUAUUCGGAAAUGUUCAUAUUUGGGAUUUUUAUUCUCCGUCAAUACAAUAAACCAUUGUGCAUAUUUUGCAGAAAACAAAUAUGGUUAAAUAAAUUUUGCAUAUUGUUAAACCAGUGGUUCCCAAACCAGUCCUCAUGGCCCACCAACAAUCUAGGAUUCAUGUAUUUCCCUUUUUUUAUUCCAAUGGAGAUACUGACAAAACCUGGACUGUUGCUGGGUCGUGGUGACUGAUUUGUGUUAGACAAUACAUUUUCGGUGACAUUGCAAACAGAUACUGAUUUAUUAAAGUGCUACUCAAAGCACCAAAGCAAAGCAAAAGUUUAGCUUAAUGAAGUAGUUUCUGCAUAGACCAUGUCCCUGCAUUUCCAAUGCACAAUUCUCUGCCAUUUAGAAGUUAAAUCACUUUUGUUUCUGUUUAUGCAUCCUUAGCCACACCUCCUUUGGCUAUGGCUCACACAGCCUCCAUGAAAAAAAGGUUUCACUUUCAAUCAAAUCUUACUUUAAUCCCACACAGGAAUCUGGUGCAGGCUCUAGCAGGUAAUUAACCUAGACUAUGGAGCUCAUAUGUUCACAAAACAAUGGCAAUUACUUUGCUCCAUUCUAUUUUUCAAAUUGUGUUACCUAAGUUCAUAUUUGUAGAGAAAGGGAAAAAAAUAAAAUAUUUUAGCACAAAUCAUUAUCCUGCUUUUGCAAUUCAGGAAUACAGGGAAUAACUGCAUCAAUGUAGAUAUGGAUGACGACUGCCACUUACAAUUAAAUUAAGUGAAGCUGCCGAGCUUGAGCAUAAAUAUGUUACAUGAUUGAGUCCCAACACAUUGAAAUCAAAUCUGUUCUCUGCAUAUUGCUGCAUUGAAAGACCCAAUGAUAACGCUGAUUUACUGCUUCUGUUCAAGCAGGUAUUACCCCAGACUCAAAAUUGCCAAAUUACAUUAUGUAGCUUUUCAUUAUAUAAUCAGAAUUAAUACCAUGUAUAUAGUUUGUGAAAGAAGUGAGGCACUUUUCACGAAUGGUAAUUUUCUUCUUUAUUGCGAUAAUUGGUACAAUAGAAGGGAUUGAUACAUAGGAGGUAGCCAGUGGCGUACCUACCUCGGUCGGGUCCCAUAACUUCAGGGGCCCACACUUGCUGGGUGACCUGCAGGAAGGGAGCACUGUGCUGCUCUCCUCCUAAUGCUAUAUGUUCCAAGGCAGAGUGGACUGCAGUCUGACAGGAAAUGCUUAAUGAGAGAGCUUACCAGGUACUGCAGUAAGCAGGUACAGGAGGGGAGGAGGGAGAAACACAUGGAGAGGCUGAAGGGGAAGAAUGAGACACAUGUGGCUGAGGGGGAGGAGGGGAAUGAGACACAUGGGGAAGGGAAUGAGCCACAUGGAGGAUCUGGGGGGAAUGAGACACAUGGAGGGCCUGGGGAAGAAAAGAUAUGCAGGGACUGGGGGAAUAGGACACAGAGAGGGGCUCGGGGGGAGGUGAAACACAUAGACUAACUGGGGGAGGGAAUGAGACACAUGAAGAUGCUAGGGGGAAGUGAGACACAUGGAGAGGCUAGGGGGGAAUGAGACACAUGGAGAGACUAGGGGGGAAAUGAGACACAAGAGAGGGUUUGGGGCGAAAUGACACAUGGAGGUUCUGGGGGGAAUGAGACACAUGGAGGGGUUGAGCUGGAAUGAGACACAUGGAGGGGUUGAGCUGGAAUGAGACACAUGGAGGGGCUGGGGGUGGAUGAGACACAUGGAGGGGCUGGGGGUGGAUGAGACACAUGGUGGGCCUGGGGGCUGGAUGAGACACAUGGUGGGGCUGGGGUGGAUGAGAGACACAUGGAGGGGCUGGGGAGAAUGAGACACAUGGAGGGGCUGGGGUUGGAUGAGACACUUGAGGGGCUGGGGAGAAUGAGACACAUGGCGGGCUGGGGGUGGAUGAGACACAUGAGGUGGGCCUGGGGGGCUGGAUGAGACACAUGGUGGGGCUGGGGUGGAUGAGACACAUGGAGGGGCUGGGGAGAAUGAGACACAUGGAGGGCUGGGGUUGGAUGAGACACUUGGGGGGCUGGGGAGAAUGAGACACAUGGCGGGCUGGGGGUGGAUGAGACACAUGGAGGAGCUGGGGAGCGGAUGAGACACGUGGAGGGGCUAGGCUGGAAUGAGACAAAUGGAGGGGCUGAGGGAGAAUGAGACACAUGGAGAGGCUUGGGGUUGGAUGACACAUAUGGCAGGGCUGGGGGGUGGAUGAGACACAUGGCAGGGCUUGGGGGUGGAUGAGACACAUAGAGGGUCUGGGGGGUAGAUGAGACACAUGGCAGGGCUGGGGGUGGAUGAGACACAUAGAGGAGCUGGGGGGUGGAUGAGACACAUGGUGGGGCUAGGGGGUGGAUGAGACACAUGGAGGGGCUGGGGGUGGAUGAGACACAUGGAGGGGCUGGGGGGUGGAUGAGACACAUGGAGGAACUGGGAGAAAGGAAAUGAUACACAUGGAGGGGUCACGGGGCUAUUUUCGCAUCGGGGCCCAGUGGUUUCUAGUUGCUCCACAUACAUUUGCAUCAGCAUAACGGUUAAAGUCAAUAAAUGUGAAAGAUUCUCUGCGAAAUAUAGGAGCUUCAUAGAGAAUGGCUCUUUAUCAUUCUGUGCAUUUUGUGACGGGUGCAACUUUAACUUACUUUGGGAAGAAAUAGAGUUUUAUAAACCUUAUUUUCUUUCUUUCAGAAACAUUUGUAAAUUGUGUUCUGAAAAACAAGUUCAGUGAACGUGGUGAUGUGGCUGAGCCAAAUGUGCCUUCCAGUUACAGAAGUGAUCAUAUGCUUUGUGUGUGUUUUAUUCUCAGCUUCCGUGUGAAGACCAGAUCAUUCUGCUUAAAGGUUGCUGCAUGGAGAUCAUGUCCCUACGAGCAGCAGUGCGGUAUGACCCAGAAAGUGAGACUCUUACACUGAACGGGGAGAUGGCAGUCACAAGGGGGCAGCUGAAAAAUGGAGGACUUGGAGUGGUUUCAGAUGCCAUCUUUGACUUGGGUGUAUCUCUGUCUUCGUUCAAUCUUGAUGAUACCGAAGUCGCCUUGUUGCAGGCUGUGCUGCUCAUGUCAUCAGGUAUGGUGACGUAGUUUGCGGCCUUUUCCAGUCAACUACAGCAGAACUGAACAUUGUUCUUGUAAUGUGUGUAUAGCCAAGAGAAAAGAUACAAGUGAACUCAGAUAUACAAGACAGAAUUCUGGCACACGAUUCUGUGUUCACAAAGAUUUGUAUUUAUCGAGCUUUGGGGCAUAUCACAGCCAUUACUUUGUUUACUAGAUGUCUGGUUCUUUCUGGGAGUUCUGGUUCAGUUGUUUCUUUCCUAUAUAAGAAAGCUGUCAUAUGAAUUACAACUCCCAGAAACAAUCCUGAACCCAGAAAGCCCUGCUUAUAGAAUAAACUUAGAAGUGCUUAUAAGAAUUAAGUGAGAAUAAUGAUUGGAUGUGUCAUGUCCUAUUUUGGAGAGAGCUCACUGCAGAAGCUGCCAGUAGGAUUUGCAGCAAAUGCUAGAACUUCAGAUAUGAAUAAAAAAAUUUUUUAAAUUAUUGUUAUUAAUGUGUUUAAAUGUUUAGUGCAACAUCUAAUAUAUUAUCUAAUGCGUUGUCUACAUAUAUUGGGUCCGGUUUAGAGUGUCCCUUUCAGCAGAUUAGUAUCACUUCCUGAUUCUUUUACUAUUGUUAAAGCAGCACUGUCAUCAUCUGGGGACUUUGCACAAUUUACAAAGCCCCGACGGUGACAUUGGUGCUGGGGGUCUGGUGGCUGAUGGGGGCAGGCAAAGAUGAGUUUUACUUACCUGAACCUGUCCCGCGUGGGUGCUGCCAUCUUGUCCUCUUUAGCUCAUGAAUACAACACUUUAUGGAUCCUCCAUAGAUGAAGCCAAUUCCCUACAGCAAUCACUGGUGAUGACAGAGUGAUUGACACUUCUAGAUGGCGGUAGCUCUGCCUAGUGUCUAGAAGUGUCAGGUGUAAGAAAUUGGAAUAAUGAUGGUAUGUGUCAUGUCCUGUUUUGGAGAGAGCUCACUGCAGAAGCUGCCAGUAGGGUUUGCAGCAAAUGCUAGAACUUCUGAUAUGAAUAUGUUCUUUUUUAAAUUAUUGUUAAUAAUGUGUUUAUAUGUUUAGUGCAACAUCUAAUAUAUUAUCUAAUGCGUCUAAAUAUAUAUAAUAUAGUGGUGACAUUGCCACUGGGGGUCUGGUGGCUGAUGGGGCAGGCAAAGAUGAGUUCUACUUACCUGAACCUGUCAUGCGUGGGUGCUGCCAUCUUGUCCUCUUCAGUGCAUGAUAACAGCAUUCAGAUAAAGCCAGUUCUCUACAUUGACACUUCUAGACGGCGGUAGCUUUGCCCAGUAUCUAGGCAUAAUAGAAAUACUGAGACAACAAAUGAGACAUUUUUCAGGGGGAUGACAGUGCCACUUUAAAUUUCAUUUAAAAAGUAAAGGAGACUGGGUUAUCAACUUCAGAAAUAUUACAAUUGUGAAUAUUUUAGCUGCAUUUCCACUGACUAUUUUGCAUAAUCUUUAUCAAUGUGCUCGGAAAUUUGAGUAAGAUUUUGCUUUUGCCUAUUAAUUACACAAUUAUCAUAUUUUUAAUUGUUAGUCAUAAGAAUAAUUCACAUAAGUGUUUUAUAACUAGGUAGAACUCUAAAGACUUUAAAUAAUUAAUCUUUGUAGUUCCAGAGGAAAGAACACAUAAAACCAGAUUUAAGGAUUAGCGCUUAAUAAGUAAUGCUAUUUAAUGUGUUGUAGUUAAUUGCGAUUAUAAAAAUGCCAGUUCAUUUUGUCAUUUUCCUAGCUUUUGCAAGCAAUGGUUUAUGCUUUUUUUGCUUACAUAUGACAUUUUUCUUCUUUCUCUCCCAUGUAGAUCGCCCUGGUCUUUCCAGUGUGGAGAGAAUAGAAAAGUGCCAGGAAGGUUUCCUCUUGGCUUUCGAACACUACAUUAAUUAUAGGAAACACAACGUUGCACACUUUUGGCCAAAACUGCUGAUGAAAGUCACCGACCUCCGCAUGAUUGGGGCCUGCCAUGCCAGCCGGUUCCUGCACAUGAAGGUGGAGUGCCCCACUGAACUGUUUCCCCCACUGUUCUUGGAAGUGUUUGAGGAUUAGAACAGACUGUGCUUCUGGAUUCUUGUCAUUAGUGGGAUCUCCCCUUCCAUUCCAUUGCCUCCGUCACUUUUUCUUUUGUUCUCGUCCGUUCUAAAAAGACAUGGAUAAAAAUGUUCCUCUGAUGCGGGUACUCGUGACUAUCGUGUUUUUUUUGUUAUUCUGUCCUUUUGAUGUGAAGUUUAUCCAUGGAAGUAUAACCCCUUUCGUGCUGAAGUGGCUGUCAAUACAUUUCACAACUGUGCGUUUGGCGGUCCUUCCAGUUCUAAAGUGGUUUUUUGAAAAAAAAAAAAGAAAGAAAGAAAGAAAAAAAAUAACAAAAAAAAAAUGUAUAAUAACUUGCAUUCACCAGCACUACGGAUCCUACACAGAAAAGGUAUUCUGAAAUAUUGUGCCUGCGGUUAAAACCCCUCUCGACCAUCUCCAACGAUGAUCAAUCACUCGUGCAGUGAGCGGCAGUAAUAGUUUAUUACCACAAAUACACGGUUUUCUCGAAGAACAAGG